AUGGUUCCGUCUAGGUCGGACAGUGAUGUUUUCAAGUUGCUAGAACAUGUAUCUUCCGUCACAAAAAACUUCCUUAAAAGCUCCCAGUUAGUAAUCCUAAGUGAUAACCCGUUCGACAGGGAUACUUAUCUUCUCGAAAUCACACCAGCGCUGGCGGACCAAUUACUCUAUUCAACUGAAUUCGCUGCGAAUAUCAAAUCAGAAAACAGUAGUCACGGUGAUAGUCCUGCGUUCUUGUGCACCGCUACGACAACACAGCGUUUCCUGGAAGCGGAGACAUCAAAUUCUCUGCUUUUGGUGCCUGAUUUGAAAAUACCGACAAUUCCACUGGACAGGUUUUGGACGGUGGAUGAAUCAAGGGUCACUAGAUGCACUGUAGCUUCGAUUAAAACGGUGUACCUCGAACUGUUGACCAUCCGAGCACCAAGUCUUCGUAAAUUAAAACAAUAUCUUCUACCUGCAGCCUUCUCCAAUCAUAUCGAAGAAGAUGAUGCGCAAAUUGGCGAGUUGGCCAAGUUCUCUACAUUUGAGGAACUCUGCAUAUCGAUCCCAUGUAGCGAAGCUGAACUGCUAUAUGCUAUGGACAGACUUAACGUCUUCCCAUGGGAAGGCUGUUGUCGUUUGUUUCAGUUGGAUUACCUUAGUCGUGUAAGUUUACUCUGUUUCAUUUUAGACUUAUUUAUUCCAUUUUGUUUGGGUACUAUCUUAUCUCAUCUCUCUAUAGGUUUUACAGGCAAUUUUUGA